CUCUGAUAGGCUCUCACAUCUCGGAGCAAUCCCUCCCACGAUUGCCAUUAUACUACUUUCACGCAUAAGAAUACUCAUCGUUUGAUUGGUGAAAUGAACUUUAGCAUGGGAAGCAUGACGACUACACGGAUUGACGGAAACCGAAUUCGCUUAGGACUUGCAGACCAGUCUUUACUUCCCUCUUUCAAUGGCACCGACAUCCUAUUUCGAAAACUCGCGUCUACUAUGGAAGCCAGAGCAUACACAGUAUACAAACGUAGAAAGAUUCCGCAAGAUGGUCAAUCAGGACAGAGGUUUAAAUCUCAGUGCGUUUCCUAGAAACUUCACAUCCAUAUCCUUACUGGUGUUCGCUGCAAUUCAGAGGACUGGCAUGAUCUUUACAACUAUUCUAUCGAGAACUACGAUUUUUGGGUAGAUCUAUGGAAAUUUUUGCGGAUAAUAUACUCAGUGCCGCCUGAGAAGAUCUUCACUCCUAAUCCCCUCAUCCCUGAAGUGCCAAUAUGGUUUCCCGGUGCACGGUUGAACUACGCUGAAAAUAUCCUGUGGAGGAAUGACGAUGGAGUGGCUCUGAUAGCGAGCGGUGAACAAGGUCGGAUAGAAAGGUGUUCUUUUCGCGAGCUGAGACGAAGAGUUCGUGGUAUGGCAGCGGCAAUGAGAGCUUGUGGGGUUAGAGUCGGCGACAGAGUUGCAGCUAUCAUAACGAAUUCAAUCAUCGCUGUCACCAUAGCUCUAGCAACCGCCAGUAUAGGUGGCAUAUUCUCGGGAACUGCAACCGAUAUGGGACAAGACGGAAUACUGGAUCGGUAUCGACAGAUCCGACCCAAACUCAUCUUCUCCGAAAUAGAAGCUCAGUAUGCUGGAAAGAAGAUUGGCCUCAUACCCAAAGCCACCGCAGUGAUAAGAGCCUUGAGUGGAAUCGGACUCAAAUAUGCUGUCCUUCUCCCCAGUUCAAUCACCGGAGAGCAUAUCAGUUUGGGUCAGCCCGACGAUUUGCCUACGCUCACGCUACCCGAGUUCCUUGGUCUUGGCGAUCGUAACUGGGAACUCAGAUUCGAACAGCUUCCUUUCAAUCAUCCCGUUUACAUUUUAUACAGUUCCGGGACAUCGGGUCCUCCGAAAUGUAUAGUUCAUUCUGCUGGCGGUGCUCUUUUGCAAUCAAAGAAGGACACAAUGCUCGCAAAAGACAUUCGGGACGAAGAUGUCCACUUCCAGUAUACAACAACCGGAUGGCUUCUCUGGAUGUACAUGCUCACGGCGCUGUCUGUAGGCGCGACGGUUGUUUUGUACGACGGGUCGCCAUUCUAUCCGGAUAUCAAGACGUACCUCAAGUUGGUCAGUGAUCUGGACGUAAACAUCUUUGGUACCAGUCCCCGGUUCAUGUCGGAAAUUCAAGGUCGAGGUGUCAAUCCUUUAGAAGUCGGACCGUUCACAUCGCUUCGAGUCGUGAGCGUUACUGGCGCAGUCCUGACAGCGCCCAUGUUCGAGUUUACGUUCAACGCUUUUGGAGGCAGAGUAUACUUGUUAUCGACUUCUGGAGGGACAGAUAUUUUUUGCUCCCUGGUUUCAGGAGCUCCGACGUUGCCUAUCUAUGUAGGAGAAACACAAUACAAAGCUCUUGGUAUGAAAGUCGAAGUUUUCGAUGAUGCCGGCAACAACGUGGAAGAUAAGGGUGAACCUGGAGAGCUGGUGGUAACAAGGCCACACCCGUCGCUCCCAAUCAUGCUUUGGGGUGAUACAUCAGAUGGGAAAAAAUUGAGAGAGACGUAUUUCAGCCAUUACCCUGGGAUAUAUAGGCACGGCGAUUUUAUGGUGGUCAAUCGUGAGACUAAGGGCUUAAUGAUACUCGGGCGAAGCGACGGCGUUCUUAACCCAAGUGGUGUCCGUUUCGGAUCCGGAGAGAUAUAUUCUGUGCUUGAGAGGUUCACAGGAGCUGCGGGAAUUGACGAUACCUUGUGUAUCGGUCAGAGACGAACUGAAGACAAGCAUGAACGCGUUCUUCUUUUCGUGAAAAUGCGGCCAGGAUGUUCUCUGACCAAGAAGCUUGAAGGUGAAAUUCGGAGCGCUAUCAAGAAUGUGUUGAGUACACGCCAUGUACCUGAAUACAUAUUUGAAGUGGAAGAUAUUCCGUACACGGUGAAUGGGAAGAAAAUCGAGAUUGCGGUCAAACAAAUCGUGUCAGGUUCUACCAUGAAGCCGAGCGGGACGGUUGCGAAUCCUGAAUCUCUGAAGCUAUACUACAAAUAUAAGGAUAUCGAGAAGGUGGUAGGGUCGUCAUCCCGAAAUGCAAAACUGUAGUUUGCUUCCCUGUAUGUCGUUCACUACCACAGUAUGCAUAUUUUGAACGGAUGUAUUG